CGCUGAACGCCACCGCGGCGGGCGUAGGAGAACCGGAUUAACGCACUGCAAGCUGCCCCCGAACCCCACAGGCAGAUGCCCCACCGAUAACAGCCAUGGAGCCCCUGCAGCGCCAGCCCAAGCCCCACCCUCGCGCCUGGGCCCGAGCCUCGAAGCGGUUCCACGCCCAGACCGCAGAGCAGCUCUCCGAGGACUGGCUCGAUCGCUUCGAGAAGCUCCUCGCCUUCCGGCAGCGGAAGGGAACCUUCGCGGCACCACCCGACACUGAGCUCGGGAGAUGGAUCAAACACCAGCGCCAGCAGCACGCCGCGCACACGCUGCCCGUCGCCGCGCGCGCGAGGCUGGCUGGUUGUGGAUUCUUCGAGCCCCAACCAUUGAUGGAUGCGUCGCGCCCGCUCACGUCGGGCACGGCGUUACGAGCGGAGCAGCACGCACGGCUCAGGCCGGGCACAUCGGAGGCGCGGCCAUCCGCAACCGACGCGCGGCCGCGCAUCGCGUCGCGGCCGAGCUUCGACCGGCCCGGCACCGCGGCCUCCCCGGAUCCAAGAGUGCGCGUCACGUCCUGGGGCGACGACGUCCCGAACCUGAGCCCGCAGCCCUCGCCCGAACGGCGACCGAAGUCCGUGCGCUUCGCGGACCGCGUGACCGGCGCGACGGAGGCCGUCGCGCGCGUCGCUUCUAUUGGCUGCGCCUGGUGCGGGCGCGCCGAUGAUAUUACCGAGGUCUGCGGCAUGCGGUUGUGUGGGACGUGCCGGCGGGCCAAGACGCCGGCGCCAACAACAAUGAAGCUCGUGCGCCGGUCGCGCGACGCGCCGGCGCCGCCUUCUGAUUCAUUCCAGGGGCUCGCCCUGCGGCCGCUCGCGGCAAAGACCCGCGGCGGCAAGCGUCGUCAAACGGUGGCGGCGCCCGAAUUAAUACGAGUGGAGACGCCCGCCGAGAUCCGGAAGCGGCGGAGCCGCCAGCGGCGGCGGCGGCGCGCGGCCGAGGAGGCCAUGGACGCCGACCGCGAGGCGCGGGCCGCGGCGGAAGCGGAAAGAGCCGCUAGGAUGCAGCAGCAGACGCCUCCUUCCGUCGCGGCGAUGCUCGACGGCCACGGCGGCGCCGUCACGCUGACGGUGCUGCAGAAGGAAGUCGGGCAGGCGCGGCCGGACCUCUACGAGUGGCUGACGCGGGACGGCGGGAAGCUGCCCGUCGACAAAGGCGUCGUGCCGGUGGAAGGUCUCGAGGAAGCCGUCGCCGCGUUCGAGGAGGAGCAGCGCCUCGAGAAGCUCGACGGCGAGGCCGACCAGGCGCUGGACCGCGCGCUCGGCUUAAUCGCGCCGGCCGCGCGGCCGCGGUCGGGCUGGCACAAGGCGUCGCGGGGCUUCGUGCCGGGGCGGCACCGGUCGUGGACGCCGAAGACGCCGUCGCGGCCCCCUGACGACGCGUGAUUUGUAAGUAGCUAUGUUUCUGUG